CUAAUCCUCCGGGUCAAGGGCUCACUUCUUCUCUCAACAAUCCCAAUCCCAUCACACCCUCAAUCACCCACCAUAUCCAACCAAGCUGGACUCCGUCGCCAAAGACUGGUGUGGAACCUCGAUCCGCAACCGACCCAAGCCCAUCAUCAUGUCCAACCAGCAGGCCACCCUCGACCCGGGCCGCGCCAGCUUCUUCGACGACCUGAAGGGCGCGGUGGGGCAAGAAGCCCUAAAGACCCUCGACCCCUCAACCGACCUCUCCGACGAACAGCCCGACGAGCCGUCCUCCACCUCCGGAGGCCCAGCGAGGUACACCUGCUCGACCCAGAAGCCCACCCCGGUGACCUUCACCGAUGCCACCAGCACCAGCAGCAGCGACCCGGCGGCCAAGACCGCCGCCCUCCAAGUCGGCUUCGGCAAAGUGAUCCCGCGGUGGAAGCCCGGCCCGAACCAGCGCAUCAACUUCGCCGCGUUCGCCAACGGGUACCCGAAGGCCGAGUGGGCGACGCUGGCGGCCAACGCGCUGAAGGCGGCCGCGGACGAGUGGAACCGGCUCGAGCUCGGGGUGAGGCUCGAGUGGGUGGCCCGGCUGGAGGACGCGGCGUUCGUGCUCUCCUACGGCGGCAGCCAGGGCGGGGUUCUGGCCGAGGCCUUCUUCCCGAGCCCGAUCGACCUGAACUAUCUGAACGUGUACGAGUCGGCCUUCGCCCCGGGCACCGUCGCCUACCUGAAGAACAUCUUCCUGCACGAGCUCGGCCACGUCCUCGGCUUCCGGCACGAGUUCGCCCCGGAGCUCGAGGAUACCCAGGAUGACUACACCGUGCAGCUGGGGCCCCGCAACCCGCUCUCCGUCAUGGCCUACGAGUUCCCGCCGCAGCUGCAGACCUCCGACGAGGACAGCGCGCGCGCCUUCUACCGGUUCCCCGGCACGCAGCUCGGGUGGGGGGAGGCGCGGAGUCGCGCGCCCCGGUCCGGGCGGAUGCUCAAGAUCGUGGAUGUGGAGCCGAACAACUAGGCUUGGGGAUAGGGUCGGGAGAAUGGGACUGGUCUUGCAGUCUUGUCGGGAUUCAUUUCGAUGUGCUUAUUUGGUGCGUCUUCCAUGAAACUGCCAUGCUACCCCUCCGAACGCGUCUGAGGAUGAUGCCUUUGUCG